AUGAUCACCCGUUUCAUCACCGACGUCACAACCCGCUUUAACCCCUUCUCACCGAGCGCCAAGGCCGCGCGCCUGUUCCUCUCAUUCCUCCCGCCAAAUGCUCGCCAGCAGGGCAUGAACAUCUCUGCGCAGCUGCUGCCGAGGUCGUCGACCGAGAAGCCGACGCUCUAUAUCAAAUUCAAGGACGGCAAGGAAAUGAACAUCGACUGCGAGAAGAUGAAUAUCAAGACUAUCAUCGAGGAGGUUGACCGGCACUCGCGUAUGCUGCAGAAGGAAGCCGAUCUGGCCGAGGCAUAA